GUCUGUGGAGUCAGCGCGUUACAACGUUUUUCUGUGGUUAUUGGCAACGCUUAUGUGCAGACAAUACAGAGAUUAAAUGAGAAUAUUACAGACAUUGAAUAAUUCUCUUUUUACAAGCCAAAUCUUGUACAAAAAUCUGUGAUAAAUACAUCUUAAAAUAGUAUAUCUUACGCCAGAAUUGAAUCGAAUAUUUUCUUCCUCACCCUUCACCCUCUUGAAUAACCAUGGAUCUGGAUGGUAAAAACCUUAUCGAUGACCCUAAUGUAACUCUCACCAUUCGACUAAUCAUGCAAGGAAAAUUGCAGGAAGUGGGCAGCAUAAUUGGGAAAAAGGGAGAAAUAGUGAAACGCUUUCGUGAGGAGUCUGGUGCAAAAAUUAAUAUAUCAGAUGGUUCGUGCCCUGAAAGGAUUGUGACUGUAACAGGAUCGACAAAUGCAAUUUUCAAAGCAUUCACACUUAUUUGUAAAAAAUUCGAAGAGUUCCAAGACAUCAACAAUGGUGUAGGAAGUGGAGUUCCACGUCCACCAAUUACACUCCGUUUGAUCGUACCUGCAAGCCAAUGUGGAUCUUUAAUUGGAAAAGGAGGUUCUAAAAUCAAAGAGAUUCGUGAAGUGACAGGAGCUUCCAUACAGGUGGCAUCCGAAAUGCUGCCCAACUCAACUGAACGCGCCGUUACUAUUUCUGGAACGGCAGAAGCCAUAACGCAAUGCAUUUUUCAUAUUUGUAACGUAAUGCUCGAGUCCCCCCCAAAAGGAGUAACCAUCCCCUAUCGCCCUAAACCCCAAGUCGGUGGCCCUGUGAUCCUGGCCGGUGGUCAAGCCUAUACUAUCCAAGGCAACUACGCCGUUCCCGCCCACGCAGACGUAAGUACCGCCUCCUCUUUAAUGCCCCCCCUGAUUCCCUCGUUGCCCCUCGGGCAUCCGUUGGCCGGUGCUGUUGCGCCCACGGCCUCGUCCCUUCUACCGCUCGAGCCCCUCAAGAACGGACACUUGCAGGCUGCACUGCCGCCUUCACAUCUCAUCUCGCCAGAUAUUGCAAGUCUUGGAAAAAAUCCUCUUGCAGGGUUAGCGGCGCUAGGUUUAGGUGGUCUAACUCCAGCAAACACGGGCGGUCUUAAUCCAGCAGCCCUUGCUGCUUUGGCUGGUUCUCAACUUCGCACUUCCACAUCUCGUAACCAGCAAAAUACCAAUACCCAAACUCACGAGAUGACAGUGCCCAAUGAGUUAAUAGGAUGCAUUAUUGGCAAAGGUGGCACAAAAAUCGCUGAAAUUCGUCAAAUUUCUGGUGCUAUGAUCCGCAUAUCUAACUGCGACGAUCGUGAAAAUGGGUCAACUGACCGUACCAUUACGAUUUCUGGAAAUCCAGACUCCGUGGCUCUUGCACAAUAUCUGAUCAACAUGAGUUUUACAUUCUUAUUCGAUAUACACGAAAUGACAACUAUUGUCCCGUUAUAGAACUGUUGAAUUGUUGAACAAUAUAUAAUAAAAAAUGGAAAAUACUUUUGGCACAAACGAGAGUGUUAAAUUUACAACAUAAUAUUUAGUAGUAUACUAAGAAGACUGUUGCUUACAAAAAAUAUUUGUAGGAUGAAUAGGUAUAUGCAUUAUAGUAAGUGUGGUUUAAAUUGUACCUAUUAAUCACCCUUUAUAUAGUAGUUUGAAAUAAUUAGAUACAUAAAUACACAUACAUGUAGGAUUUUUAAAAUA